GUGUCUUCACCCUCGGCGGCUUCCUUGGAGAAGAAUACAUUUAUAAGAAGUCUGUGUGGCAGGAUGGAGCGGGCAGUAGUGCGGUGCGUGUUAGGAGAGUCUAAACUGACCAUUUCUUUCAGUUUAGCCGGUAGUUACAGGCACAUGCUGAGGGAGCAGUCAGAGCAGCUGGGUAAAGUGUUAGCACGCAUUGCUAACAGCACAAUUAAAGCACAGAGCAAAGCCAAGAAAUCCAAGAAAAACAAAAGUGAAAAUACAAACAGUGAUGUGGCAGAACCGCAGGUUAAACUGUACUUUAACGGGGACACUGUAGCAGAGGACACUGUAAACAGAGAGGCAUGGAGGGACGGAUCUGUCCUGCAGGUAGGAGAUAUAGAAUAUAAAGUGGAAGUGAAUCCUCCGACCUUCCUCACAGCACAGCUCCCAGUAUCUCUGCUCUCUGGAUUCCCAGUCUGUCCCAGGCUGAAGGUAGAGUUUGGAGAUCUGAAACACUCCCAGUUUCAGUGGUACAAGGAGAGAGCACAUGAUGCACACACUGGAGAUGAGGGCUGCUGGGCGGAGGCUGGCACUGAGAGGGUAUUUAUACCAUCUAAUGCAGAUGUUGGGUUGAAACUGAAGCUGAAAUGCACGCCGGGAAACGAGUCCAGGUUCGGAUUGGCGGCAGAGCUUGUAUCAGCAAGCACAGUGGAAGCUGGUCCUGGGGUUUGCACUUUUGACAACAGACAUGUCUACACCCAGAAAGGCACAGAUGAGUCCACAACUAGAGUGGUGACCUACAACAUCUUAGCUGACAUCUACGCUCAGACUGAGAAGUCCAAAACUGUUUUGUACCCAUACUGCGCUCCGUAUGCUCUGGAACUGGACUACAGGCAGAACCUCAUCAAGAAGGAGCUCUCGGGCUACAACGCAGACAUCGUCUGUCUCCAAGAGGUGGAUAAAGGCGUGUUCAGUGACAGCCUGUCUCCUGCUCUUGAUGCAUUCGACAUGGAUGGUGUGUUCAGGAUAAAAGAGAGGCAGCAUGAAGGACUAGCAACGUUUUACAGGAGAUCCAAGUUCAAGCUCCUCUCUCAACAUGACAUCAUGCUGAGCGAGGCCUUGCAGACAGACGCUCUGCAUAGCCAACUGCUGGAAAAGCUGUCCACCAACCCAGAGCUGAAGGAGAAGGUGGUACAAAGAUCAACAAUUCUGCAGGUUACCAUUCUUCAGUCUGUCAUCGAUCCAUCAAGAAUAAUAUGUGUUGGAAACACUCAUCUCUACUGGCACCCCAAAGGAGCGAAUGUGAGAUUAAUACAGAUGGCUGUGGCACUAAAGCACCUGAAGAAAGUCAUCACACAACAACAUGCUGGCACGCUGAUAUUCUGUGGUGACUUUAACAGCACGCCCUCAUCCGCACUCUACCAGCUGCUUAGUCAGGGUUCAGUACCGAAGGAGCACAGUGACUGGGCAUCUAAUGGACCUGAAGAGCUGCUCCCAAUGGAGCUCGACUGCCCCCUUCAGCUGACCAGUGCAUGUGGAGAACCAACCUAUACGAACUACAUUGGAGGAUUUCAGGGCUGUCUGGACUAUAUUUUUGUGGAGGUGCAGACUUCGCAGGUUGAGCAGGUCAUUCCUCUGCCCAGCCAUGAGGAGGUCGUCACCUACCACGCCCUCCCAAGUGUCUCACACCCAUCUGACCACAUCGCUUUGGUCUGUGACCUCAAAUGGAAAUGAGGUGCAAUCUUGAUUUGGGUUGUGGUUUAGCAAGGUCAUGUUUUGACCUUUCAAAUUAAUAUUAAUCAACUGAUUUACAGAGAUUACAGAAGGGUGUACUGCAUAUUAAUAAAAUAAUGAAUU